AUGGACGGCACCGGUGGUGGUCGCGAGUAUGGCGGCAGGGUCACCGCGUUCGUGGCGCUCUCUUGCGUCACGGCGUCCAUGGGCGGCGUCAUCUACGGCUACGACAUCGGUGUUGCGGGCGGCGUGUCGUCCAUGGAGCCGUUCCUCAGGGAAUUCUUCCCGGACGUGUACCGCAGGAUGAAGGGCGACUCACGUGUCAGCAACUACUGCAAGUUCGACAGCCAGCUCCUCACGCUCUUCACCUCGUCGCUCUACAUCUCCGGGCUGUUCACGGCGGUGCUACUAUCGUCGUGGGUCACGGCCCGCUGCGGGCGCCGGCCCUCCAUGAUCGUUGGUGGCACGGCAUACCUCGCCGGCGCAGCAGUCAGUGGCGGGGCCGUGAACGUGUAUAUGGCCAUCCUCGGUAGGGCGCUGCUCGGUGUCGGGCUAGGAUUUGCCAACCAGGCAGUGCCACUCUACUUAUCUGAAAUGGCACCGACACGAUACAGGGGAGCCUUCAGCAAUGGCUUCCAGUUCAGCCUAUGUCUCGGAGAUCUCGCCUCGACCAUCACCAACUACGGUGUGGAGAAGAUCAAGGCAGGUUGGGGCUGGAGGCUCUCGCUGGCCUUGGCCGGUAUCCCUGCCGUGUUUCUCACCGUCGGCUCCAUCUUCCUGCCGGAGACACCCAACAGCCUCGUCCGACAAGGUAAAGACCAUUUAGUGGUCAAGGCAUUACUGCACAAGAUGAGAGGCUUUGAAGCCGUCGACCAAGAGCUAGAUGAUAUCAUCGCUGCUAACAUCCUAGCUACAAAGCCCGGCGACAACGGCAUGCACAUGAUCUUGUCACAGCGGCGGUACCGCCCACAGCUUGCCAUGGCCAUCCUGAUACCAUCCUUCUCACAGCUUACCGGAAUCAGUGCCAUUGGGUUCUACGCGCCGGUGCUGCUACGCAGUAUCGGCGUGGGUGAGAGUGCAUCCCUGAUGUCAACCAUCAUCCUCGUUUUUGUCUCCUCGGUGUCAACACUAGUAUCCAUGUUCACCGUCGAUCGCUUUGGUAGGCGGACCCUCCUUCUCAUCGGUGGCAUCCAGAUGAUCAUCUGUGAAGUCCUUAUCGGUGCUAUCAUGGUUGCAAAGCUUGGCGAUGAGGGUGGGAUCAGCAAGACGUAUGCUAUCAUCCUCAUUUUUCUCAUGGGUGUCUAUGUAGUGGGCUUCGGAUUGUCAUGGGGCCCGCUGGGCUGGCUAGUGCCCAGCGAGAUUUUCCCAUUGGAGAUCAGGUCAGCCGGGCAAAGCAUCACUGUGGCCUCGUGCUUUGCGUUCACCAUAUGCAUUUCACAGUUCUUCCUGGCCAUGCUAUGCCAGAUGAAGGCAUACUUGUUCUUUUUCUUUGCCGGAUGGAUCAUGGUGAUGACGGCUUUUGUCUACUUCUUCUUGCCCGAGACCAAGGGGCUGCCGAUUGAGCAAAUUGGCAAGGUGUGGGGGAAGCACUGGUUCUGGAAGAAGGUUCUGGGGGUUGGUGAGGUGACUGCAAGCUAUUGA